CCUAACCCUGCUUUAAAGUUCUCCACAACUUUAUUCCUGACCGGUGUGGUUUUUCCCUUGUUUUCUUCUGUCCAUUAAUGUUCUUCAGAAGCCUCUGAAUCACUAACGGAACAUUCAAAUUUAAUCUCAGACUGAAUUACAGACAGAUGGACUAUUCAGUGAUGUCCGAAGGCAAUUGUUACACUGGAUUUAAAAAUUUUAAAGACCAUGUAUCAUCUUCCUCACACUUAACAAACCACACUACUUUAUGUUGGAAAAGACCAUGGAAUUUGAACUCUUUACUCUGAUACCCAUAAAUAAAAAGCAGCUCUCUUUAGAAGUCAAAAAAGGUUUAAGGGGUGUGUGCACUGUUGCAAAGUGACACUGCUCUUUAAGACAGGUCUGAGAGCUGCUUGCAUUCUAAUCCAGCAGGAAAAUGUAAUAACAGGGAAUUUACCUGCGCCGUGGCAAGUAUAUAAUCUGUCUGGUUUGUAUACAGUGGGUAGUCCGAGUCCCAGUUUGGCUGUAAAAACUACUAGAAAGUUUCUGGACCACCCCGGAUAGUGAGGAGGAGCUUCCCAUUAGUCUGUAGUUAGUGAGGUGUCAUAUGUCCCAUGCAGCUUUGAACGCAGCCUACUUCACACCGAGGAAAAGUGGAUUUUAAUUAAGCAGACAAGUUUUUAAGUACUUUUGUGUUACUACUGUGAGAAAACAGUAAUUUAGCCCCCCUGCCAUGAUCAAUAAAGACACAGGCAUGAGUUUUUUCUAAGCUCUGACGACUCGUUUCAGCUCUGUGGGUUUCACGGUAAGUUUUACUCAGAUUUUUGCACAGGAAGUCUCCAAAAACUCACAAUGUCCCAGUCAGAGGAGAAAGAAACUACAGAGAAGGAAAUGGUGAGCUCGGAACCGGGACCUAAAACUGCUUCAGUAAACCCCAGAGCAGUCUGCAGCGUGUGCAAACGUUUGUACCGGGAGCCCAAAAUCCUGCCCUGCUUGCACACCUUCUGCUCCGACUGUAUCGGACAACUGGAGCCGUUCUCGGCGUCUCCACGGGGCCGCUCGAACGGUCCGGAGGGCGGCGGUAGGAGCGAGGAGGCGGCGGAAAAGGACCGAGGCGCCGUGUCGGUCACCGUGCUUUGCCCCGAGUGUGACACCGAGGUGGAUAUCCCUCAGUCAGGACCGGCCGGACUCAGUACAGACCACCUGGCGCUGGACGAAGUGUUCCUGGAGACUCUGGUGAGCGACGGCCCGCUGGGCUGCGACCUGUGCGGCGAAGGAAGCGCCGAGAGCCGCUGCGAGGUGUGCAGCGUGAACCUGUGCGAGUUCUGCUGCCAGGCACACAGGCGGCAGAAGCGAACAGCGUCUCAUUCUGUUCAGGCCGUGGCGGAGCUGAAGGCUCGUGGUCGUCUCUGCCGCCCGGUCCUCUGCUCCCUUCACCCCGGACAAGAGCUGAGGCUCUUCUGUCAGCCCUGUGACCUGUCUGUCUGUCUGGAGUGCGCGGCCACACUGCAUCGAGAACAUCGCUGCUGUCCAACACAUGACGUCAUUGACCAUCAUGGUGACCGGAUCCGAGAGCUGGUCAGCGUCCACCUUCGACCUCGUCUGGAGCGACUGGAGGAAUCCCUGCAAAAGGUGGAAAUUUCCCAAGAAAAUUUGCGGGUGCGAGUAGAUGCAACGGCCAAUGAAAUUAGAGCUUUUGCACGAGGGUACGCCAGUGCUGUAGAGGCUCACUGCUUGUCUUUGCUGCGUCGGCUGGAGGAGCUCAGGGUGCAACGCAGAAACCACCUCCACCUGCAGAGGGCACAGCUGGAGCAGGCCCUGCUGGACGUCAGAGGGAGUGUGGAGUUUGCAGAGCGGCUGCUGAGCUGUGGGUCUGACGCAGAGAUCCUCAGUGUUAAAGGAGUGACUCUAAGAAGACUGACCAGUCUGGCAGAGAGAAGAUAUGGCCCCCAGCUGGCGGCGGUUGCCCCUGACGAUGGCAGCAGCAUUUGCUUCCUGCCCGGGGAGCCGGCAGGAGAGGUGGAGGGCUACCCAGUGGUGGGUGUGAUCAGCUCGAGGACGGUGGACGUCAACAGGUGCACAACUGAAGGAGAAGGUCUGCAGCAGGGAAUGGAGGGCCAGCAGGGACACUUCACUCUGAUGUGUCGAGACUCCCGUGGGGAGCAACUGGCUCGAGGAGGAGAACACGUCCUGGUUAGCAUCGUCCACAAGGAGAAGAAAAACUGCACAGUGGAGACAACAGUGGCAGACGGCAAGGAUGGAAGCUACAUCGUCUCAUACAAACCUGAGGAACCAGGAGAGUACUCUGUGUGGGUUUGUGUCAGAGCCCAACAUGUUAAGGGUUCUCCAUUUAUUCUGAAUGUGAAGAAGAAGUUUAGGCUCCACAGUGGGACUUUUCACUGCUGCUCCUUCUGCUCCAGCGGAGGCGCCAAAGAGGCUCGCUGUGGCUGCCCAGGAACCAUGCCAGGAGGAUUUAAAGGCUGCGGACACGGUCAUAAGGGACAUCCCGGUAAACAUCACUGGUCUUGCUGUGGCAGCACAAUAGAGAAGUCUGAGUGUUUGCCUCAGAGCAUAUUUGCUGCUGUUUCCCCUCGUGGCCUCCUGCGAACUGUGGAGCUCUGAUGUGGCCCAGAGAUGAGAUGGGUGAAGAUGAUGCAAACCCUUGAAAGCUGCAAGCAAAAUAUCAGAGCACCCGGGAGCUAGUCCUCAGGGUGAUGGUGCAAAUUUAUGGAAAACUUAAAAACGGUCCUACAAGGAGAGAGAGACUCUAAAGACACAGGAGGGGACUCAGCUGUAAAUUUGUAAGGUACUAAGUCCUGACCAUUAGUGGAGAAUACAUGAAUCAUACAAUCAGUGUCAUUUUUUUAAAAUAAUGUACAAAAAAGAUCUUAACUUACAGCCUACUUAAAACUAUAAUACUAAAAGCCUGCAAUAAUCUCUGCUUUUCAUCUGUGCUACACUAAACGGCUAAUAUUCUUUUAUUUUUCUUUCCAAGUGUUUCAAUAUAGUAAUUAUCUAGUUUACCAAUUAUUAUUCACUGUUUUAAUUAAAAUAGCGAAACAUUGAUGUAUUUGGAGAGAGUGACAAUUGUUUCAGGUGGAUGUUCAGAUAUUUUUAAAGAACUAAAGUUCUUCUGUAAAACGUAGCCUGAGGGAUAACCAGUGGAAAGAGGAUAAGGCGUAACAGUUUUUUUUUCACUACUAACGUGCCUUCUAAAGUCACCCAAACAUACGCCCCCUGUCUUCCGAGAUGUUGCUUUUUUGUUUCAGUUUGAUAUCGCACAGAAGCGUGGCACUGGUAAUGAAUAGGAAGAUUCCAGCCUGGGAUGAUUUCUGGAGGUUUUGAGACACUUUCCAAGUGUCCUUUCGUGCCAGGGGGCCCGAUAUGACGCGAUGGGGCCAACACUCGGAGGUUUAACCCUGGGACAGCUUAGCUGCCGGGCUACCCACAUUCCGGAUCUGUGGUGCUGUCCACCUUGCCCUGGGGAUACCAUCUUCAAUUCUGAUGUGGGCCCCUUGUCCCUGUCCAGGUCAGAGUGACAGUCAUCUGCGACCCGCUGAACGCAGUGGCGCUGUACCAGGAGAUUUGCAUCUUGCUGGCCAAGGCUGCAAUAAUACCUGUGAACCCCCUGUUGGAUCCAGGGGGCUUUUAUUCCAAGUAUUUUAUUGUUUCAAAGAAGACAGGGGGUGUGCGUCCAGUCCUGGAUCUCAGGGGCCUGAAUGUAUAUCUGAAGGUCAUAGCCUUUUAUAUGCUGACCAUCAGUGAUGUGUUGCAGGCAAUUUCCCAUGGCAACUGGUUCACUAAUAUCGACCUGACCAAUGUGUAUUUCCAUGUCCCAAUUGCCCCUUAUCACUAUCAUUUUCCUCGCUUUUCGUUCCAGAAGAAGGUUAGUCCUCCCAUUUGGAUUUUCGCUUUCUCCCUGGGUGUUCAACCGAUGUGUGUCAGUAGCCCUCUCCCCUCUGCAUGUAUGGGGGCUGAGAGUCCUGCCUUAUCUUGAUGACUGGCUCAUUUGUGCGGCGACCCACAACCAGCCUGUCUGGGACACUCAGAUGGUGCUCGAUCAUGUAGGUCACCUGGGCCUGUGGGUGAACAUGAAGGGCAGUCGGACUGCCUCACAGAAGACGGUCUUGGCAUUGCCCUGAAUUCUGUCUCAAUGAGCGCUUGCCCUGGGACCUUGCGGGUCAGCUGUAUUUUGGGCGACCUCCCAGACUUCCAGUGCGGGCGCCAUUUUGGCAUGCUCAUGGCCGCAUCUAGCGUACUGCCCCUGGGGCUGCGGUCAUUGCUGCCCCAGAAGACUGGUGCCGUAUAAACAGCUGCACCCAGUACAUUGUUCUAUGACAUAGUGGCCUUCCUUCAUAUGCUUUGAAGGUGUACUUGGCUGCCAUCUUCCAUUGGCAUGUUGGGCUGAAUGGCUGUUCUGUGGGCAGGGAUAAAGAUGUUGCACUAUUCUUGAGGCACCCAUGUGCCCUUUGGCACCGGUAUGGAACCUUUCUCUGGGGCUGGGAGCCCUUCGGUCCCCCCCAUUUGAGCCCUUAGCAGGGCUGGGCCUCAAAGGGCUCUCACUGAAGACUGCAUUCCUUCUGGUGAUGGCUUCUGCAAAACGAGUGGGGGAAUUACAC